CAAAAAGAGAAUCGCGCUUCCGCCAGCGUACAAACCAUGCUGCGGAAAGUACUCCUCUCAUCGCCCCCAAAUUUAACGGCGGCCGUUAACCUCUUCUUCCGCCGCCGCUCCGACUCCGCUUCCUACUCCAGUAAUCGACGCUUCUUCUCCGAAUCGCCGUCGCAAACCGUAUCCACCGAGCUGCCGCGAAUCGACUCACUGGUAUGCGGCUGCGACUACAAGCACUGGCUCGUGGUCAUGCAUCCACCCGAUAACUACCCUCAAAGAGAUGAAAUUGUUCAGCAAUUCGUCGCCACUUUGGCUAUGGCUCUUGGGAGUGAGAAGGCAGCAAAGGAAUCUAUAUACUCUGUUUCUACAAAGUAUUACUAUGCAUUCAGCUGCAAAGUGGAAGAAAAUGUGGCUCACAAGAUCAAAUGCCUUCCUCGUGUGAAGUGGGUUCUGCCGGAUUCUUACUUGGUUGAUGAAGAAGAUGGCUAUGGAGGGGAACCGUUUCUUGAUGGAAAGGUUGUUCCUUACGACGAAAAGUAUCAUGCUGACUGGGCCCGUGAUGCCUAUGGUGGGGAAGGUGAUGGAAAGAACUCGUUCGAGGAAGCCCUGAAGGAGGAGAAGUUCGACAAAUGUUAGAAGCCUGCGCCUUCGAACCGAAGGUAGUGACGCUUUGGCCCAUGUCGCUCGAGCUCAGUGAUGGAUCUAGGAAUUAGAACUGUAACACCCCUAAUUAGGAAAGAAUAGAAAAUUUAUUGUAGAAUUAAAAUUAGAAUUUGUAGAUAAAAUGUGUUCAAUGAUAAGGGCUAUUUGAGGUUGACAUUUAAAA